GAUGCAGGAGAACAGUACAGGCUAACGACAGCUAACGUUACACUUCUAUGUUUUGGGAACUAGCUAGCUAGUAUUUCUCUUUGCCUAAUCCUUUCUCUUGGUGUUACUGAGCGUAGUGCCUGGCGGAUCAUGGAGCUCAUCUGGCUAGCUUGGCUGCUUUUCUUUCUUAACCGGAACGAGUUACCAAUGUUAUGUGAUUAACUGAUAACUGCGACAGUCCGACAAGUUUGACUGCUGGUUGUUAACACUUGGUCGAGGCAUUUGGAUGUUUGGUUGAGGAUGGGACGUCUGCUGAGAUGGGCAAUUAAUGCCCCUAAAACAUUCAGGACCAUGUGGUUGGUCCUCUCCCCACUUAAGUUAAAAAACACCUCUCUUCUGCGGUGCUCCUCGUCUUUCCAGGGAGACAGCAUUUGCAAUGGGACGCACAGCAAGAAGGCGUUGCUGUCAGAUCCUCAGCUGUUUGAAGCUCAGUUUGAGGAGCUGGUGACGGAGCUUUCAGAGCGGGACCUCACCGAUCCUGCGUUGGCUGAUGCUCUGAGCAGGCUAAGAGAGGUUUUGCUGUACAAUUCACCUGGAGGCAAGAGGAACCGAGGCCUGUCUGUGAUUGCCUCUCUGAGGGAACUUCUCCCAUCCAGUCAGCUCACACAGGACAUCGUGCAACAGGCUCUGGUGGUUGGCUGGUGCAUUGAGUUGCUUCAGGCAUUUUUCCUUGUGGCAGAUGAUAUCAUGGAUGGAUCUGUGACUCGGAGAGGACAGCCCUGCUGGUACAAGAAGGAUGGAAUAGGUCUGGAUGCCAUCAAUGAUUCAUUUCUGUUAGAGGGGUCAAUCUACAGACUACUUCGCAGACAUUGCAGGGAUCAGCCCUUCUAUAUCCAUCUACUGGAGCUAUUUACUGAGACAUCUUUCCAAACAGAGCUCGGCCAGGCUCUGGACCUCAUGACGGCCCCUCCUGGUCAGAUCGACCUCAGCAGAUUCACCAUGGAGAGGUAUAAAGCUAUUGUGAAAUACAAGACUGCUUUUUACUCGUUUUACCUCCCAGUGGCAGCUGCAAUGUACAUGGCAGGAAUUACAAGCGAAGAGGAGCACAACAAUGCUAAACACAUCUUGCUCGAGAUGGGAGAGUUCUUUCAAAUACAGGAUGACUACUUAGACUGUUAUGGAGACCCUGCUGUGACAGGAAAGAUCGGUACAGACAUCCAGGAUAACAAAUGCAGCUGGCUGGUAGUAACGGCCCUGGAAAUCAUGACUCCUCAACACAGAGCAGAGCUGGAGGCAUGUUAUGGGCGGCACGAUGAUGCCAGUGUGGAAAAGGUCAAAGCGCUGUACAAAACGCUGCAAAUGCCAACACUGUACCACAAGUACGAAGACGAAAGCUACCAGCGGCUACAGAAGCUCAUCGCUAGUCACGCUCAAAACCUUCCUCACUCGGUCUUCCUCAACUUUGCCAAGAAAAUCUACAAGAGGAACAAGUGAGAGGGGAAACAGUGUCAGGUGCAUCAGUCUGGUUUCCUUUUUACUUCUCAUGACACACAGAUCAGCUCCUCUCCUUUUUAAAGAGGGCCUGUUAGAGACCAGGAUCUGGCUCCCAACAGCAUGACCUCAACAGAACUGUGAUACUUAGAAAUUUGGUUGUGAAUGUUGUUGAGCAGUCUGCCUCUUUUGCUCCAUGUUAUCUAUUUAUUGAACCCAGUGCAUAGUGGACACUGUCUCCAGUUAUUUCUCCCCUGACCAUGAAUAUAAUGACACUGAAAUUAAUCACAUAUUUGCCCGCCCUCCAUAAUGCAUGGCAGGAUGAAGACCCCAAUCAAAUGGAGUAGCUGAAACAGUUUUCUAAUUCCGUAUAUUUUUAUAUUGCUGCUGUAAUGUCUCCACUGUCCUCUGCUGGGAUUUGUUGCUUUUAAUAAAUGAUUUAUGAUCAGUA